AAUGAAUGAUAUAAGUGGUGAGAGGAGCUGAGAAAAGCCGUCGCUGCCUCCAGGACCAUCUAAAGCUGCGAAGGUCGUACUUAACCAACUGCAGGUUUCAGCUAUGUGGUUCUACCUAGCUGUCCUGGUGGGACUUUACUUUCUUCGCCGAUGGUACCGGGAGAGACAGACAGUGGAGAAUCUGACUGAUAAAUACAUCUUCAUUACUGGCUGUGAUUCUGGCUUUGGGAACCAGCUAGCCAGGCAGUUGGAUGCUCGGGGUCUGAGGGUGUUGGCCGCUUGUUUCACUGAGAAGGGAGCACAACAGCUGGAGAGACUCACAUCGGACCGGUUGAAAACUACUCUGCUGGAUGUCACCAACACCGAGAGCGUCGCAGUAGCAACCGAAUGGGUGAAAAAAUGUGUGGGGAACAAAGGGCUCUGGGGCUUGGUAAACAAUGCAGGUAAAGGUGAACCCAUAGCUGUCAAUGAAUGGCUGACAAAGGAAGAUUUUGUCAAAGUGCUGGAUGUCAACUUGCUUGGGCUGAUUGAUGUGACAUUGCAGAUGUUGCCCCUGGUGAGGAAAGCCAGAGGGAGACUGGUCAAUAUAAGCAGUGUGUUGGGAAGAUUAGCAUGCUUUGGAGGAGGAUAUUGCCCAUCCAAGUAUGGUGUGGAAGCCUUCUCGGACGUUUUGAGGCGUGAACUUUCUCCAUUUGGGAUGAAGGUCAGUAUUGUUGAGCCUGGUGCUUUCAAAACAGGCAUUUUGCAAUCUACACUAGACAGCUUACAAACUUCAUGGAACAAAACACUUCCUGAAACCAAAGAACACUAUGGACAUCAAUACUUUGAUAACAUUUUCAAAUCCUUAAAAUACCUCGUGGAAAACAGCAACAAGAACCUCUGCGUGAUCACUGAUUGUGUAGAACAUGCCCUGACCUGCCGCUACCCUCGUGCUCGCUACAGUGGUGGCUUGGAUGCCAAACUCUUCUACCUUCCAGUGUCUUACUUGCCAAGCUCGGUGGCAGACUUCAUGGUGACCUACUCUUGGCCAAAACCAGCACAAGCAGUGUCAGGAUGAAUCCACAAACCAUAGCUUCCUGUUAAGGGUUUACUAUCCUAAUACAAAUGGUUCUCAACUUA